GCUCGAGUAAUUGAUGCAUUAUUUACAGAAAAGUGGAGUUGAGGGCAAAUGAACUGGUCAGCGAGCUUGCCCUUUGAACUAUACUAAAAGGCUCCAGCAAUUGCUCACUUCCUGAUUAUCUGAUAUGGCUUCCUCUAGUUCAACUAGUGAGAUGCAAGCAUCUUGCUUAGCUGGCCAUGAUGUUUUCUUGAGUUUCAGAAAUUUAGAGACUGACAAAAUAUUUGCUGAUCAUCUCAGCAAAGCCCUCAACAUAAAUGGACUCAGAACACUUUUUUAUGACAGUGAGCUCAGAGCAGCAGAAGAUAAUCCCCUGGUACAGGCAAUCGAGAUGUCGAAGAUUAUAGUUGUUGUUCUCUCGGAAAACUAUGCUUCUUCGCGAUGGUGCCUGGAUGAGCUUGUUGAAAUCCUGAGAUCAAAGCAGCAGGUUGUUCCCAUAUUUUACCAUGUCCAUCCAGCAGAUGUGCGCAAGCAGACGGGUGAAUUUGGCACUGCUUUUCGGAAGAUGAAGAGCAAGAGGAACAACAGGAAGAAGGCUCAAAGUUGGAAAGCUGCCCUGAAUGAAGUUGCAGAUCUUCGUGGAUAUGUUUUGCAAGAUUUGCAGAGCGGGUUGGAGUUGGAGCUAAAGCGUAUUCCAGAAAUCGUCAAAAGGGUUAAGCUUGGAAUAAGCAAUUGUGUACUCUUGCAUACAGCAACUACUGACAAUCCAGAUGGUCGGGAAUCUGGCACCCAAAAUUUGAAGGAAGUCUACAACAAACCACCUUAUCCCAUAAACACAUUAUGGACUGCUAGCCAAGCUGAUGAAACGGAAGCACAACUAAACUUUCUGGGAGAAGACGGUACUCUGUUUGACAUCAAAGACUUACAUGGCCUGCUAGAAAAGGCUUCACAAUUAAAAUUACUGCAGUCAAAAUUUGUAGCAGUUAGGAACCUCAAAGUGAUGCACAUAAGCAAUUCUGAAAUUCCUGAGGUUCCAGAAAAUUUAAGCUUCCCAGAUAUUGAAAAGAUAAUCCUGCAACCAAACCUGGAUUUGAGUUAUAUUCCUCCCUCAUUCUUUAAGAGAAUGCCAGCCCUUAGGGUCCUAGAUAUGUCAAAUGCAAGUAUUAAUACAUUACCACCUUCAGUGUGCCAAUUGAUAAGACUUGAAAAACUCUGUUUGCGAUGCUGUGCUAAUAUGAGGGAACUACCACAUGAAAUUGGUGCUCUUGAGAAUCUACAGGUAUUGGAUCUCUCCGGGUGUACAGAUUUGGCUGCAAUUCCCGAGUCAAUUCAUCUGCUUCAGAGACUCUCUUCACUAGUUCUAGCAGAUUGCAAAAGUUUGACAGAGCUACCAGAAAGUUUGUGUAUGUUGAAAUCCCUUCAAAAUCUGAAUCUCUCUGGCUGUACAAAUUUGGUUGAAAUUCCCGAGUCUAUUGUAUAUCUUCAGAGACUCUCUUCACUGGCUAUAGCUGACUGUAUAAGUUUGACAAGGUUACCAGAGAGUUUAUGCGUGUUGACAUCACUUCAAAAUCUGAGUAUCCCGGGUUGCACAAAUUUGGCUGCAAUUCUCGAGUCUAUUGAAUUUCUUAACAGACUCACUUCACUGAUUAUAACAGAUUGUAGAAGUUUGAAAACGCUACCACAAAGUAUAUAUAUGCUGCAAUUUCUUCAGAAUCUUCAUCUAGCUGGUUGUACGAAUUUGGAUGGUAUUCCUGAAUCUAUUGAAUUUCUGGAGGGACUCUCUUCACUGACUUUAACAGAUUGCAAAAGUUUGAAAGAGCUACCACAGGGUUUAUGGAUGUUGAGAUCCCUUCGACAUUUAAAUCUCUCUGGGUGUACAAAGUUGUCUGAAAUUUCCGAGUGCAUUGAAUUUCUUGAGGGCCUCACUUCGCUUAUACUAACGGAUUGCAAAAAUUUGAAAGAGCUACCACGUGGUUUAUUUAUGUUGAGAUCCCUUCAAAUUCUGAAUCUCUCUGGGUGUACAAAGUUGUCUGAAAUUUCCGAGUGCAUUGAAUUUCUUGAGGGCCUCACUUCGCUUAUACUAACGGAUUGCAAAAAUUUGAAAGAGCUACCACGUGGUUUAUUUAUGUUGAGAUCCCUUCAAAUUCUGAAUCUCUCUGGGUGGACAAAGUUGUCUGAAAUUUCCGAGUGCAUUGAAUUUCUUGAGGGCCUCACUUCGCUUAUACUAACAGAUUGCACAAGUUUGAAAGAGCUACCACAUGGUUUAUUUAUGUUGAGAUCCCUUCAAAUUCUGAAUCUCUCUGGGUGUACGAAGUUGUCUGAAAUUUCCGAGUGCAUUGAAUUUCUUGAGGGCCUCACUUCGCUUAUACUAACAGAUUGCACAAGUUUGAAAGAGCUACCACAUGGUUUAUUUAUGUUGAGAUCCCUUGAAAUUCUGAAUCUCUCUGGGUGUACAAAGUUGGUUGAAAUUCCCGAGUCCAUAGAAUUUCUUGAAAGACUUUCUUCACUUGUUCUAACCAAUUGCAGAAGUUUGAGAAGGCUACCACAUGGUAUAAGUAUGCUAAGAUCUCUUAAAAAUCUUAAUCUCUCCGGUUGCACGAAUUUGGCUUACAUUCCGGAGUAUUAAAUGUAUAAAAAGAGACUGUCUUCUCAGAAUCUAAGCUACCAGCACAUUUAUGUAAGCUAAAAUUUCUGAUCUCUAUUCCUUGGUUGCUCAGAGCCUACUUAAGUUUCUCCCCUAUCUUAUUUUCUUCAUUAGGUACUCCUUUCCUAUAUGUUUUUCAGAGUUGAAUAGUAGUUCGACUUAAAACCUGUUUUCUACGUAUCUCAGUUAUCUCAUUUUCUUAAACGGCGUCCUGCUUCAUGCCUAUCAUGCCCAUUGUGCUGCUUUUGGUCCGUUGUGAUUAGACUGAUCUGAUGGAUUGUCGCUGUCCUUUUGUGAUUCUGUAUCUGUAAUCUACUUUACAUCGAUCUAGCUCUCUUUAUUUCGGCAUCUGCAACUUUUGGUUUGAAUUUAUGUUGUACUUAGCCUGGCAGGUUUAUUGCCCAAUUAAGUUAUAAAAAACACAUCUAUCUACUUUCUUAAA